AUGGAUGAGAAGGAGAGUAUUAACCUGAAAGAAAAAGGAGCAGUGAAAAAGAGGGGUAAAAAGUCAUUGUUGGGUCGUUCGAGAAAAGGGUGCAUGAAAGGGAAAGGAGGUCCUGAGAAUAGUUUGUGCACAUACACAGGGGUUAGGCAGAGGACUUGGGGCAAAUGGGUGGCCGAGAUUCGUGAGCCCAACCACGGCGCCAGGCUCUGGCUCGGCACCUUUGACACGUCGGUGGAAGCAGCAGCCGCCUACGACGGCGCAGCCCGGAAGCUGUACGGACCUUCCGCCAAUCUCAACCUGAAAGAACAGAACACACCGCCGCCGCCGCCGCCGCAACCGACACCACCAGGUUGUUCGAGCUCGGUUGGUGAUCACUGGAGUGCGAGCACGAGCUUGGUUGAGGAAGAGGGUGGUGAGUUUUCGAUUUGUAUGUCGGAAGGUUUGGUUCCGAGCUUGGUUGAGGAAGAACAGGGUGGUGGCGGUGGUGGUGGUGGUUGUUGGGCUCAUGAAUCGAGUUUGAUGGAGGAUGUUUUUGAUCAGCACUCCAUGAAUGAUAAUGGGAAUUUGUUGGGUGGUUUGAUGGAUUAUAGGGAGCAGUUCAUGGAUUGGAAUUUUGAUCUCCAAGUUCCAUGGAGCAUCUGAACUACUUUAAUUUGUUGGAAGAUCAUGCAUACUCUGGCCUUUUUUUCUUUUUUUUGGGAUGCCCUGUAGUGUAACCUAUUUUUCUUUUCUUGGGCAGCCCUGUAGUGUAAACUAUUUUUAUUUUUUGUUUUAUUUGUCUUUUUCUUUUUCUUGGGUUGCCGUGUAGUGUAACUUUAAAAAAGUUAUUAGAUUUUAGUUUGUAAACUUUUUUGAGAGCUGUCCUCGGUGACUUUCCAAAUUUUUUUUUAGCAUUAAGUAGUUGUAAUUUUUUUUUAUUUUUAUUUUUUCAGUUAUAUACUUUGAAAAUUUACCAUUGCUCCUCGUGAAAUUAUAAAAAAAACAAUUCACUUUUGCCCUCUUACUUCAUAUCCUGGGUCCAUCCCUGUGCAGAGACUACAUGAUUUUGGACUAAUUACAG